AUGGCAAUAAAGGUUCAUGGAUACCCUUUUUCUGGAGCAACGCAGAGAGUUCUUGCUACACUAGCAGAAAAAGAACUUGAAUAUGAGUUUGUGAAUAUUGAUUUACGAACUGGCCAGCAGAAGACAGAGGCUUUUUUAAAACUUAAUCCCUUUCGUCAAGUACCAGUCCUUGAAGAUGGAGACUUGACUCUCUUUGAAUCAAGGGCAAUCACUCAAUACCUUGCACACACUUAUGCUGAUAAGGGAACCCCACUGAUAACCUCCGAUCCAAAGAAAAUGGCAAUCCUUUCAGUAUGGACAGAGGUUGAAGGGCAAAGAUUCGAUCCUCAAGCCUCCAAACUCGGCUACGAGAUCGUAAUCAAACCCAUGCUCGGCCAGACCACGGACGAAGCCAUCGUCGCACAGCUUGAAGGCAAACUCGCGGAAGUCCUCGACGUCUACGAAGCACGCCUUGCACAGUCCAAGUAUUUGGGAGGAGAUUCGUUCACAUUGGCUGAUUUGCAUCAUUUGCCGGUUAUCAACUACCUGAUGGGCUCUAAAAUUAAAAGUCUUUUCGAUGAACGCCCUCAUGUUAGCGCAUGGUGUGCUGAUAUUCUGGGCAGGCCAUCUUGGAAGAAGGUUGUUGCAUUGAUGAAGCAUUGA